AUGGCGCUGGCGUCCUGGACUAUCUACACAUUUGCGACCUUGCUGCUCUGGGGCCUCUGGGGAUUUUUCUCAGCUCUGGCCGAGCAGCGUUUGGCAAGAAAGACUACCUUUGCUUGGCACUGUAUUGCAAUCGCUGUGUGCGCUGCCUUCGGCGUUCCUUUUGUGGGCCUGCAGUUGCCCAGAGAUCAAGCCGGGCUCCUGAUUCUGGGUGGUGCUGGAUACGCGCAGGGCGUCAUGUGGAUGGUGGAUGCCAUUGCCGCAGGGGGCCCAGUCGGUGUAGUAGUGACGAUCGCAUCGAUGUACCCUAUGGUCAUUGUCGGGUUGAAUUGGCUUGUGUUGUCUCGCGUUCCCACGCUCAAACAGGCUGGCGGCGUCGCCGCGGCGCUGGCGUCCUUGCUGUGUUUCAUGCAAUCGAGUGACGAGGGGAGUGACACGCCCGCUGGGCGAUCGCGCAGCACCAGAAGCAGCCGCUUCCGCUGGAUGGGGCUUUGCAUGUUCGCAUUGCUUGGUUAUGCCGUGUGGAUGUUUGCCACGGAACUUUGUGUCCUCUUGCCGACACCGUUGCCCUUAACAUCGACAGUGCAGGGCACGAGGUUGAUUUGGAGUGCGAUUGGUUGCUCUGCAGUUUGCGUCAUCCACCGGCCCUCUCUGACGUCAAAUCGGGACAGUCAUUCUGAUCACAUUCUGACUCCAAGCCAGGACACGCAUCCUGCUUGCCAGCAGCUCCUCGGCGUGGAUAGCCAGAAGUGGAGCCCCGAGACCGAGAGAAGCGCCUAUGUCGACAGAAGGGGCGUCCUCAGCGCGGUUGCCAUGGGCUUAGGCAUGGCCUGUGGCAGCGUCACGUUCCUCAUGGCCGUCAAAGCAGCCCCACCAACUGAUGAUGACCCAGUCUGCGUGAUUUCAGGCAUGUACGGAGGCAUCACCACCUUGCUCAUGAGGGUGGUUUUGAAGGAGCAGCUGACAUAUCUUCGCUAUUGUGGUAUCGUUCUCGCCCUAGUGGCAGGCUCGCUACUUGCAUAG